AAAUCAAGGAACAGCAUUUAUCAUGAGGGCAUUCAUAAUCCUGGCCCUCGCCGUGACGGCAAUGGCGCGGCCAGAAGCCGGAUAUUCCUACAGCCAGCCAAGCAGUAGCUACGGUGUUCCUUUCGGUGGAUAUUCGCUCGCCGGUGGUGUUGGUGGUAUUGGUGGCAUCAGUUUCGGCCAGCCAAGCGGUCAAAGAAUCGCCGGCGGUAUUGGCAGUGCCGAAGGUGUCCUUGGCACAUCCUCGUUCAACAGAACUGGAUCUGGUAGCAUUGCUAGCGGUAUCGACGCGAUAGGCGGUGUCAGCGGUAGAAUUAAUGGGGUGGCAGAUACAUUUGCCUCUGCCAAGCAGAUUUUUAGAGACGUCUAUGUUUACGGACCAUCUAAAGAUCUUGAGGCUCCCGAAGUCCGCGGCGGUGCCGGUGGCUUCGCGGGAUAUCCAUCACGUCCAGCACAGAAGCACUAUAAGAUCGUUUUUAUCAAAGCACCUACUCCACCAACCCCGACUGCUCCGGUAAUCCCGGUGCAGCAACAAGAUGAGCAGAAAACACUCAUUUAUGUUUUGGUCAAGAAACCCGAGGAGGCGCUCGAGAUCAAUCUGCCUACCAUAACGCCCACUCAGCCCAGCAAACCGGAAGUCUACUUUAUUAAAUACAAGACUCAGAAGGAAGUCACUGGCACUGGACCAAGUAGACCUAGCACGAGAUAUGGAGUACCUGGUGAAUCCGGACCAUAUUAUGGGGCCCAGCACAAGUUUCGCGCUCCAAGCGGUCCAAGUGGUCCAUAUAUCGGCGGUCCCGAUGGUGUCCUCGGCACAUUCCCGGUGUUUUUCGGCAGAGAUGGAUCUGCUAGCAUUAGCGGCAGUGUCGGCGCUGAAGGAGGUGUCAGCGGUAGUGUUAAUGCGGCGACGGCAGGCGGAUUUGCCUCUGCCAGGCAGAUUGUUAGAGACGUCUAUGUUUACGGACCAUCUAAAGAUCUUGAAGCAGUCGGCGGCGGCGCUGGCGGCACAGGCGGCGGUGUCAGUUUAAGUGCUCCAAGUGGUCCAUAUAUCGGCGGUCCCGAUAGUGUCCUCGGCACAUCCAGCGGCCGUCCAUCUCAGAAGCAUUAUAAGAUCAUCUUCAUCAAGGUAUCUACCCUACCAACUCCGACCGCUCCGGUGAUCCCGGUGCAGCAACAAGAUGAGCAGAAAACACUCAUCUAUGUUUUGGUCAAGAAACCCGAGGAAGCGCCCGAGAUCAACCUGCCUACCAUAACGCCCACUCAACCCAGCAAACCGGAAGUCUACUUUAUCAAAUACAAGACUCAGAAGGAAGUCACUGGUGGCACCGGACCAAGUAGACCCAGCACGAGAUACGGAAUACCUGGUGAAUCCGGGCCAUACUAGUCAAUUCGCUAUCUCCAUCGCGGCACUUCUGUCCUAUCACUUUAACAAUGACAGUAAUACUUACCGCAGGCAUAUCACUGUUAUGCGCGAUCACCGAGAGAAGAAACGACGACAAAGUUGAAGAUGGCGAUAAUAAUGUUGAAUACGAUAACGACGAUGACGACGAUGAUGAUGA